UGACAUCUCGCGCGUUCUUCCUGGCUAUUAGCACCCAUUUAAAGACGACACCCGUUUUGCCUGCGACCGCGUAGGCUUCUGGCGCUACCUUCUCGACACGCGAUGCACCUCGCCUCCCUCCAGCCGCUCUUCGUCCUAGCGACCUUGACGCUCGGCGUAUCGUCUAUCGCUGUUCAGGCUCAGCCGCGCGCCGUGGCGUAUGCCGAUCCUACCGCCAAUGGAGGGUCGAUGCUCGACGAUGCAAAUGGCGGAAUCGGCGCACCGGACCUCGGCGAGCCGCUGAACGUCAUUAUCUCGGGCCUGAGCUCUCCCGAUGUGCUCACCGACUCUGGAUUCCUCAACUACGUGCAGGCGAUCGGAUACUCGUUCGAAUGUCUCGGUCUGCACAUCGGAACUCCGCAGACUGCCAAUCUUGGAGACGGAAAUGGAUGGGUAGCGCAAACGGUCGAAUAUCGCCAAGACUACGGAAAUUCCAACGUCGGCACGUGCCUCGAAAGUUUGAUCGGCGGGGAUCAUUUCCGCAUGUACCGGCAGAAUGGAUCCGCCGCAGACACUGGCGCCCUGUUCCUUGCUGUUUCCAAAGAAGAACCUGCUACUGAGAACCACAACAUCAUUCCCAAUGGAUAUGACAUCGGCCGGGAUCUGUUCUCCGCUGCGGCCAUUGGAACGAACAGUCACGGCGGAGUGACAUACACCACUACCGGAACCAACGUGACUGGACUGCUCGCGGCCGGGUCAAACGGGGUCAAUCACGGUAAGCGCUUUCAACUCACGCAUGGGUCCUUCCGAUAUCGACACUUGUCGUUUAGGCAUUGCGACGGAUGGAAUCACGACCUUGCUUACAGUUACGAUUGUCUGAGCCAUUGGUUAUUUACUGUAAUCACCGGAACUGAAUCGUGGAAAGUGCAAGCUGUCACUGAGUUUGGACGGGUGAGCAUGCGGCCGCACCACGCCACUUUAUCUCAUCGUUAUAACUCGAUUCCCUUCGCAAUGCAUCCCAGUGUGCACCCGAUCUUCCGAAGUGCUCUAGUCCGCGUCAUCGCUGCUCGUGCCCUCAUUCUCGCACUCGUCCUACAUAUCUUGGCGAUGGAAACCUGGAUUACAUGGGAUUUCUGGGGCACAGAUCGUUCUGUCUUCAAUAACUUUGGACUUUCGGAUGAUGCUUUUUGGACCGGGGGGAUGGUGCUCAUGGUUUUUCACCAGGGGUUCAGGCUGUUUCCGUUUAGAUAUUAUCUUUGGGUGAUCGACUUCCUGGUCAUGGCGCUUGAAAUCGCAUACUUGGAGCUGCUCUUUGUCGAUUAUUGGUCCUGGAGCGACCUGGUGCAACAAAAGCUUCCCAAUGUCUCUCCAAUGAUAACCCUCAACGCGAUCUUUCUGCCUCUCAUGUAUCUCCAGAUCCAGUCCAUAGUCUCGGCGUCAUCUUUGUCUCUUAGAACUGCGAUGUGGCAGCCCUUCGACUUCAUGCUCGCUUCGUCGCCGACAUCUCCAGCUUAUACCCCGUCACGGAUAUUGCUCACGAGAUCACUGGGUUCGGCUCUCAUCAGCCUGUUGCUCUCGAUCUUCACGUUUGCAGCCCCGUGCUUACUCAUCUCGUAUACGAUAAUUGCGCCGUUGGAGAGUGCAACGCUGACCUACACCAUCGCGAGUCAGACAAAGACUGCCGAUAUCACAAAGGAGCAUAUUGUCAUCGAGGGGAAUGCGACUAUCAUGAUACAUCGAAACCAUAUCUUGCCCGUGAUCAAUGUCCAAGUCAGCGUAGUGGACUCAAAUCAGUCCUGCCCCUUUGAUAAAUAUGUUGUCGCGACUGCCGAGGAAUCGGAGAAGAAAGCAGGUCCGAACAUAUCCUGGAGCAACUCGAGCACCGGGGUUCAGGUCCAAUUCUCUAACUGGUCUUCGGAGACGAGUGCAUUCAGCUUCCUUGAAGUUUAUGCGCUUCGCGCCAACGAUGAGCGGCUCAUACAACCGACGAAACCGGUGGCGGUUUUUCCUGGAUGGAACACGGUCGCUGCCAUAACGUGGACAUCACACAAGAUAUUCAACGGCCCGCAAUUAUUUCGUGGAACCUUCGGUUCCAAGCUAGAGCUCCUAAUUACCGAAAUCGCCUCCCUCCUUCCUGCACACUCGGGAAAUCGAUCGAUAUCUUCUAUCACAUUCGUGCAGCAGAACUCACAUCCGAUAUUGCAUUUGGAGGACCACAUCGAUAGAUCCUUCAUCAACGGAGUCUCCACUUUGGGUGGCCUCUGGUCCUCAAUCAACGGCUUCUUCUCGGUUCUUUUCGGCGCCUCUAUCUCCUUCUUCCUCUUUCACACAGGCUCUCGGAUGUUUCCACCCCUCGGUCUCGUGCAUGUGGCACAGAGAAAUGAUCUAUUGCAAUCAGUGCACAAAGACCAUCCGCAGCUUCUCGUGGAAGGCGGCCUGCCGGGAUCCGCCGACGCCGGUGCACUCACACUAUUACGAACAUAUCUGAUUGAUCAGGACGGUUUGAGAGUCGCUGAUCGCGUGGGUAGAGGAGAAACUGAGGAUCUCGAGAUGCAAUAUAGAAGGCUACCAGAGCUCGAUGGAACGCAGCAGGAUGGAAAUCCGGUGCACGCGGACAUCCUCUCCGCGUGA